UACAAAUUAAAAUCUUUUCAGCAAAAUACCAAUUUGAACUCCUCCCAGCCAAAUACACAUUUGAACUCCUUCCAACCAAAUACACAUUUGCAAAUAAAGAAAAACAAACAUAAGCUUAGCUCGCCUUAUCUAUCCAGUACUCACUAUUUUAAACUUAUAAGAGCCUGUAUCAGAGAGAUUGGAGAGAAACCUGGUUGCAUGUCUGGUCCCUCUGAGCUCCCACAGUGAACAACAACCAAACACUGACAGCACACACAAAAACUUCCCUCCCUCAAGAUUUGAAAGUAUCCUGUCCCCUGAUUGGUCCUCUGGUCAGGUAACAGCCAGACUUACUGAUCUUGUUAACCCUUUACAGUCAAAAGAGAUAUAAAGUACUUUUGUUCUAUUAACUCCUACUAUCUGUUUAUGACAGUCCCAGUGAUUGUCCCCACUUCACCAGGUUUUUGUGAUACCUAUUAUGUCAAUAUCCUCCUUUAACACAAGGCACUCUAGUUCACCCAUCUUAUUAUUUAGGCUUCUAGCAUUUGUGUCCAAGCACUUUAAAAACUUGUCUGUAAUAGAACUCAGAGUAUGGCCUUGCAGGAAACAAAACUGACUACAUUUUCUGAUGGCCUUCUUUGCCUACCUCGAGAGCUACAGAUUUUGAGUUCAAAGGGGGCCCACCAGAGCUCCCAAUCCCAGAGCAGACACAUCCUGCACCAACAUCAUUUAAGGUUGAUGCUGGCUGAAGGGAACACCCCCACAAACGCUGAGUGAGUUCACCACCAAUCCAAUGAAGUCACUAUCUGUGAGGGUAUCAUGAGCACAGUGCUCAGAAAAUGGGGACUGUGUGAAUAAAUGGAGAUCAGCCACAUCUGCAGGGGCCUGAGGUGCAGCUGCAUGUGUUGUAUUAGAUAUGUUCAUGAAGCCCAAGAGCCUCACACAGCUUUGGGAUUGUGUGACUGGGUGAAUUUUGAGGUCUGUCACGAGAGAUUGACCAGGUUGGAAUCUUGACUCUUUAGGAAUGUUCUGGCCUGGGUAGAAUCCAACACUGCCCCCAGAGAUGACCGUACUUGCCAAUAGCCAAGGGGCAGAGUGAGGGCGGUGGCUUCAGCAGAUGUUUUUGAGCAUGCUCAGUCUGUGUGAGCAUGCUCAGUACAAGCCAAGCAGCAAAUCUGGGAAGGCACAUCACCCUGCAUGGCCCCCACCCACAUACACACAUUGCUUCUGAGAGACGGGGGACGGGAGAGAGAGAGAGAGGAAAGGAGUCAGGACAAGGAAGGACCCUUUCCUCAUUUACAACAAUUGAAUUGCCUUCAUUUCAUUACAGUCUUGGGCCAGCUCUACACUACACUUGCUUCUGUAUAAACUACAUCCCACAGGGGUAUGAAAAAUCCACACCCCUGAGCAACAUAGUUAUACCAACUUUAAUGCCCCACUCCCAUGUAGACAACGUUAUGUCGGCAGGAGAGUUUCUCCCAACAACAUAGCUACCACCUCUCGCAGAGGUGGGGUUACUAAGCAGACAGAAGAGCUCUCUCCCAUCAGCUUAAAGCGUCUUCUUCAGAAGCACUACAGUGGCGCAGGUACCAUCUGAGCCCAGGUAGUGUUUGUAGUGUAACCCUGCCCUUAAUCAGUGCCAGGGACUUUCCCUGAUCUCCACUAGCAACUGUGAUUCCCAGAAAUCAUCUUGGAGGGACAAAAAGUGAGAGAACAAUGUCAGUGGUGCCCACAGUUAAACAAGUCAGUGGCAGAACCAGGAUUAGGACCAAGGAAUCUGAGAUCCAUUGGCUAACAACUAAACCCCACUCCCCUCCCGGAGCCAAAAAUAGAACCCAGGGAUCAUGACUCUCAUUCUCCACCACUGUUCUAAAUUCCCUCUCAAUGCUGGGAAUGGGACCCACUAGGCCGAACUCUCAGCCACUCUGCUCUGAUCACUAGACCCCACUCCUUUCCAAAAGUCAGGAAUAGAACCAGGAGUUCUAACUCCUAUUUCCUCCUGCUGUAGUCACUAGGUAUUACUUACCUCCCAGAACUGGAAAUAGAACCCAUGAGUCCUGACAAGGAGGGAGGCUGACCCCUUGAUAGCAGCCCUAGCCCCAUAAACGAGCAUGCCAUGUCCCUGAUUUUGGUCUCAUCCACCCGACUUUGGGCCUCAUCACAGGAAUGGGGGCCCUCCCCCCCACUCUGACAGCAGUAGGGCAGUCACAGGGGAAGCAGCUAAGUAAGGAUUACCUGGCUGUCUGGUAGGACAGACUGAAUGGUAGGAAAGCAGGAAGCGGCUGCAGCCUUCUCCCUGUAUUGCUUUGAGAUGAAAGACAGCCUGACACUGUACUGGACUCGGGUUGUGCCAUGAAACUGAGCUCAAAUAAUUUGCACCAUAAGCUGGGCACACCCAUGGUGCUGGGCAUCAGCCCAAGUUCCAGUUAGGAUGCGGGUUUUGUUUGCUAAUACUCUGCAGCUGUGUGGUUUCUGAUAACUGCAAAGGAAAGGCUGUGACCCAAACUCCCUGAAAUAGUUUUACUUUCAGAUUCCUAUUGACUCUUUAUUUUUACAGCACAAGGCAAACCCAGCUGAACAGAUACCUCUUUAGGAGCUGUGAUCACUUUAGCUUCCAACAAUAAAAGAAUAUUUCUCAGGGCUCUAAAGGAGACACUAGAGAAGAACUGGAGGAGGGGACACAAGGAUCUUCAAGUAUGGAGAAGGAACCCAAGAAUUUAGAAGGAACUGUGUCCUCAGAAAAAGAAAAUACUGAAGAGAAAAAUAAAGCUUUUCAAGGACUCCUUUCUAAGCUAAACCUGCAGGAAUACCAAAGCACGAAGCUCAGGCUGCAAGAUGUCCUGGAAAUUGGCUCAGAAAGUACAGAAAACUGGACUCCUCAGAUGUUAGGGGAUUUACCGUGGCACUUCCUGAGGAAACUCAUGGCUCUGAAUGGGACAGCCAGAAACACAAGCCUUGGACACAGAGCAUGUGAUGAUGAAGGCAGCAUCGAGGAGGCACAGAUUGCAGGUGAAGAUGUUUUUAGUUUUAAUGACACUGACAUCAGAGAAUCUCUACAUCCCCUCGAUGUUCUCUGUGCCGUUCUGCUUUGCUCAGACAGUUUCCUGCAGCAGGAGAUCCUGUCCAAAAUGUCCAUGUGCCAGUUUGCCCUCCCUCUGCUGCUGCCCGCCCUCCACACUCCCAAGUGCACCCUACUGCUGUGGGCCAUGAGGGACAUUGUGAGGAAGUGGAGGCCGCACUCCCUGGCAGAGAGCAGAGGGUUCAGAGAGGAGAGCCUGGUGCUCACAGCAAUGCCAACCAUUUCCUUUGUGCGGCUGGGGAGCUGCAGCUUCUCCAAGUCCAAACUCCUCAAUGACGUUCUCAGCCCCUCCCAGCAGCACCAUGAUUUCUUCAUCCAUCGGGACAUGGAAUCUGGGAAUGUCCCUCGGGAAAUUGCAGAUGGGCUGGUCGAGAUUUCCUGGUAUUUCCCUGGAGGGAGGGAGAAUUUGGAUCUUUUCCCAGAGCCCUUUGCAGUUACAAAUCUGCAUGGAGACAUUGAGUUCCACUGGCUACAAUUUGGCUUUUUGACAGUGGUCUCCUCAGCAGUGUUCGUAGUUACUGAGAGCAUCAGUGAGAAGCAAUACGGACUGUUAUCAUCUCUGCAGGGAUCAGCCAUUAAAUACUACUUCAUCCUCAGCUGCAAGAAUGGAAAUCCCGAGGAAACACGGGGAUUCCUUAAUAAGUUGGCUCCAGUGCUGAAUCUGAGCAAAUCACAGCUACUGGUGAAAGACAGCACCACAAAUAAUGCAGAAUUUGUGCAAAAAGUGAAAUCUGCGAUAAAAAGCAUAACGAGUUCAACUCCCAAGAGAAUGAAUUUGGAAGGCAUGGCUGUGACUGCACGGGAACUAGGAAUCCAGGUAGAUGAGGACCGAAAGGAAUGUCAGAGUGCAAGCAAGCGAGCUAGAGAAAUCACUGAGGAAAUAAAAGAUGUGGCAAAGUACAAGAGGGAUAUGCUGAGACUGCAGGGGGAUUUCUUGGAAGAAUUGUCUAAAGUGGAAAAAGAACUGUGCAGAAUGAGAAGGCAAGGGGAGACAGCCACCGAAGACUAUAAAUGUCAGCUGAGAGAGAAACAGUUGGAUUUACGUAGACAGCAGAAUCAAUGUGACCUUACUGAUGGAUUGAAUAAAUUUAUUAAUGGAAUAGGACAAUUGCCUUCAAUGGAGAAACAUUACUUUCUCAAAUGGAUGAAGUUUAGCCUGGAUCACAUUACUCGAGAGAAUCUUUUUAAACUAUGGGAUCAAUAUAAAGAGGAAAGUAAAAUGGCAGGAGAUGACCCACAAGCACUAGCCAUGCUGGAUAAAUUAAUAUCUACUGCUUCCUUAGGGGUUGAGCAUUUCAUGCGUGAGUUGGGGCAGUUUUAUGAAGCUGAAUGCUCAAUGGUUAAAGAAGAAGACAAGGCAGAAUGCCAAAGACCAUUCAUCCAUCUCCCAGGCACAGCAGCUGACCUGAUGUUGGAAGGGUUUCCUAUGGAACUGAUAGAUGGAGAUUCAUCCAACAUCCCACUGCAGUGGGUGACAGAUGUUCUGACAGAGCUCCACGCCAAGCUGGGGGGAAGAUCCAGAAUGGUGGUUAUAACAGUGCUGGGUGUGCAGAGCACUGGGAAAUCCACCCUUCUCAACACUAUGUUUGGCAUGAAGUUUGCAGUGAGCAGUGGCCGAUGUACGCGAGGAGCCUUCAUGAUGCUCGUUAAAGUGGCAGAGAACUUUCAGCAGGAGCUGGGCUGUGAUUUCAUCCUGGUCAUAGACACAGAAGGCCUGAAAGCCCAAGAACUGGCCAAGCUGGAGGAUAGUUAUGAACAUGACAAUGAGCUGGCCACACUGGUGAUUGGACUCAGUGACAUAACCAUCGUUAACAUGGCCAUGGAGAAUGCCACAGAAAUGAAGGAUGUUCUGCAAAUUGUGGUCCAUGCCUUUCUCAGAAUGGAGGAAAUAGGGCAAAAACCCAACUGCCAAUUUGUGCAUCAGAAUGUCAGUGAUGUGUCUGCACAUGACCAAAACAUGAGGGACAGGAAACACCUCCUGGAGCAGCUGAAUGAAAUGACCAAAGCUGCAGCUAGGAUGGAAAAGCAAUGUAAAAAAGUGAAAUUUUCAUGGAUUAUGGAUUAUGAUGCAGAGAAACACAAUUGGUACAUCCCAGGGCUGUGGCAUGGAGUCCCUCCCAUGGCUCCAGUGAACAUGGGAUACAGUGAGAGUGUAUGUGAGCUAAAGAAAUACCUGUUUGAUUUUAUAACGAAACGGUCACAUAAUAGAGCCCCUAAGGACAUUCCCCAGUUUGUCAAAUGGGUGGAGAGCCUGUGGAAUGCUGUCAAAUACGAGAACUUCAUCUUCAGUUUCAGAAACAGCCUUGUAGCUGAAGCCUAUAACCAGCUGUCUAUGAAGUAUUCUGAGUGGGAAUGGCAUUUCCGCAAAGAGAUAUAUCUCUGGGUAUCUGAAAAGGAAACUGUCAUUCAGAAUCAGACAUCAGAAAAACUACAGGCUGGUGCCUUAUCCAUGUUGGAAAAUGAGGCACAGGAAAAACUGCAGCAUGAGAAACAAAAAAUUUUGGAUAAUUUACAAGAUUAUUUUGAAAGUGGAGUUUCGAAUCUGCACCUGAUAGAAAAGUACAGAGAAGAUUUCAUCAGGAGUGCAACCUGCCUCAGAAAUGAACUUGAGAGCUACUCCGAGAACAAGUGCGAGGAAGCAAUUCGAAUUCGAAAAGGCCAGCUCACUGCAGAAAACAUCCAGACCUCAUACAUGCAGAUAAUUGAAGGGAAAGUUGACAGGGUCUUGGAUGCGUGUAGGAACAAAAAACAUAAACUAGAGCAUGAGGAACUGAAAUUGGAAUUUGAAAACAUGUGGACAGAAACACUGUCAGAGUUGAAGUUCAGCAGUUUACAGAAACGUGAAAUUUAUCGAGAGAUGGAGUCCCAGUUGAGAAAGGACCUAGCAAAUCGAGGGAGUGCCAUCAGGCAGAAGGCACAGGAAUCAGGUAGUUUGUUGUUUCAUGGAAUUGACAAUUUCACAAUGAAAAAGGAGUAUCUAGAUUCAGCAUGGAUCAAAACUAGGAAACAACGGUUCAUAGAGGAAUGUGAACCAGCUGUUCACAUAGAAGAACUUGCUAAAUCUUUAAUAGAUGAGAGUAAAAGAUACACUGAAGAAAAGGUAAAUUCCAGAGUGGACUACGAUGAAAUCUAUUGCAGAGAAUUGCUGAACAUAAUCAACAAGAGGCUCCAAGACGAGAACGUUAAAAAACUUGGCACUACUGCUUGCUUUGAAGUUGACCUGAAAAUUCAUAUUUUGAGGGAGGCAGCUUGGGAAUUUCAGAAGAUGCAUGAAGAUUUUAUCAAACAAAAUGAUCCUCAGUGUCGUCUAGAGAAGCUGAAACCUCAGUAUUUCUCCACUUUUACUGACCUGUAUUUAGAAAAAGAUGAGAACCAAACAAGGGCCAGGGAUUUCUGUGAUCAAUGUCUCAAACCUGCCUUGGUGGUUUAUAUCAACAAAAGACUAGGAAUAGAGAUAGUAGAUGACAUUAUCAACAAGGCAGAGUCCAUUGAAUAUGGCAGUCGGACCUUCUUCCAGUUCACUGUACAGAAAAAGCUUCUGGAGGAGAUGAACUUUGAUAACUAUAUGCAAUAUAUUAAAAACUAUGAACAAUUUGUCAAAACCUGGAUUCAGAGACGUAUGAUGGAUCAUUACAGGGAGACUAAGCGUUUGGGAGAGUUGGAGAAAAAGAUUCUUUCUACAAUAGUAAAGAAAGUGAGGGAAGUUCUGGAAAGCUCCAAAAAUGAAAAAAAUACCACAGUCUUGGCAUUUUUAAACAACUUUUGUGAAGCGCUGCAGCAGGACCUAAUCAUUUCCAAGGACAACUUACUUGGGAUACAGUUUAAAAACACAGCAAAACCAGGCCAGUUUUGUGCUAAUAUUCAAAGCUUUCUUCUGGAUUUGGAACAAGAAAUCUUAUCUCAAUUUGGUGGUUUGGAUAUUCACACCAAACUCUCCAAUCUGCCAUUAAACCCCCAGGAUGUAAUCUUUAAGCGAGUGUUUGGCUGUGGGAAGCAGUGUCCAUUUUGUAAAGUCCCCUGUGAAGCAGGAGGCAGUGACCACAAGCAGCAUUUUGCAUCUGUGCAUCGGCCACAAGGAUUAUGUGAUUUCAGGGAUCGUUCUACACGAAAACUUAUCUAUGAUAUAUGCUCUUCUGAAGUGGUUUCUGAGAACUCAUGCAGAAAAUUAGGCACAAAAGAGAAACUUCUUCCCUACAAAGAUUAUCGCUUCUACUACCCAGACUGGCGCAUUCAGCCAGAUCCGAGCAUUGAGGCUUCUGAUUACUGGAAGUUUGUUUUUCAGAAGUUCAAUCACCAGUUAGCUAAAAGUUAUAAUGCUCACCCAGCAGAUCUCCCAAGAAACUGGGGAAAAAUAACUGAAACACAGGCACUGGAGGGCCUAAAACAAGCCUUUAACAUGAAAUAAAAACAUGGUGAGAGCCUGUUGAAAUGCAAUGUACAUAUGUUUAAGUAUUUGAAAACUUUCAUUAAUUUUAAAAAAUGGCACAUUUAAAAAAUACAAUACAGAAUAUUUUUAGUCUCAGAACCUCAUGUUCACUUCACAGCUUCUACGUGGAACUGAGAAGUUUCUGACUUUUCAUGUCACAUGACAACUUAUGAUACAAUUACAGAUUGGCUGGUGUACAAUUACACAAGAACUGCCACACUUGACCAGAGCAGAGAGAACCAUUUAGUCUGCUAUCUUGUCUCCGAGACUGGCCAAUACGAGAUACUCCAUAAGAAGGUUCAAGGAACCCUGAAUGGACAAUUGUGGAACAACAGAAGUUUCUUCCUAAUUAGAUUUCAAGGCCAGCCUCAACCACAGUAGUCAUCCAUUAGUCUGGCUUUCAGCAUAAAACCUAGCCAGAGAAUUCUGUCCAAUAAUUCCUGCUGUGGGGGAAAUUAUUCAUCCAUAGUUGGUAAGAAGCAGCUCAUUAUCAACCAAGUAAUUUAUGGUUGAACUAAGAAGAGCAGAUAUUUUAGAAGGAAAUCCAAUUGCAAUUUAAAGACCUCAAAUAAUGAUGAAUUUACCAGUUCACUUCAGAAGCUGUUCCAGGUCAGUUACCCUGACUGUAAAAGCUGAAUUUUAUUUUCAAUUAAAAAUAAAUUUAACUUCAAUUUCCAGACAUUGGAUCUUGUUCUACAUUUGUUUGCUAGGAUCAAGAGCCCUCUACUAGCUGUUAUUUUUUUCCUUAGUAGUUACAGAUCAUGAUUAAUCUUCUCUUUGCUAAGUAAAUGCAUUGAGCUCCAAGUCUCUUAGUAAAAAGCAGGUUUUUUCAAACCUUGAAUCAUUCUUGCAGAUCUUCUCUGAAACCUCUCCAAUUUUCCAAACACACUUUUUUUUAAACUAUGGACACCAGAACUGGGCACAAUAUCCCAGUAAUGAUCUCACCAUUGGCAUAUACAGAAGUAAUAUCUCUCUAACCCUCCUUGAUAUUUCUUUGUUUAUACAUCUCAGCAUAGCCGCCGACUUCCCCUCUACCCGGUGCGUGCUUGACCCUUCGCUUGUCCCCGGCCCCAUCCCCACUCCAUCCCUUCCCUGAGGCCCCAUCCCUGCCCCAUCUGUCCUGCUGCCACUACCCUGUUGACUGUGCCUGCAUCUCUUGCAAUGGUGGGAGUACAGGAGUCAAUGGGAGAGCACUUGGGGGUCGAUUUAUUGUGUCUAGACUAGACGUGAUAAAUUGACCCCCGCUGGAUCAAUCACUGCGCACCGAUCCAAUGAGUAGUAUAGACAUAACCUUAGAGUGUGUCAAAGACUGAUAGCAAGUUAAGGGAAUGGGAUGUGAAAAUGGGAUAAAAAUUGGGGAAAAGAUACUUUUUACCUGUUAUGGAAUGUUGGGUUGGCCAUAGUUACCACAGUUAAUAGAAGGUCUCUUUUGAGUUGCUGGAACAGUCCCCAAGGGAUGCAGCUAAACCUUAGCCCCAGAAAGAAGAUUUUCUACCAUUAAAGAGGAAAUAAGAGGAUUAAAUAAAAGAAAAACAGAGACAUUGAUUGAAACGUGUAGAAAUAGAAAUAAACAAUAACAGCAUUUAUGGGCCAAACUCUCUGCAGUCACUCCAGCCCAGAAUCCCUUAUGCUCUCCCUACCCAUGUCCUUUCGCAACUGCUGGCCUGAGAUGGUGGCUGAAGUGGGUCCCUCUAGUGUUCCCAGGGCAAUAUGCCUCUCUCUUCCCAUCCCCUCUGGCUAUUGCUAGCUCUGUCUCUGAUAUUUUAGUGUCACUCUCUUGUCCUUGUCUUUCCCCAGGGGCCACCCCUCAUGCUCAUCUGCACCAAAUAGCCCCUGCCAGUGCACUACCCAGUAAUCAUCUUUCCCUAGAGCCUCACCACAAUGCCCCCUCCCAAAAAACAGAGUCAUUGGCAAAUCCCCAUAUGUCCCUUGGCCCCAUUCUCCUGGGUGGUUAAUAAAUACCCUGGACAGCACUUAGUGCCUUGUGGACAUCCUGACUCCCUGCAGUGAAUGAGCCGCUGCCUGAACCCAGAGAGGACACCCCAGCUCUCACCCUGGGCUCCUGCAGCACCAGUGCAGAGCUGUUGCUGCAGAGUAAAUGAGACCCUGGGAGGUUGGGACUCAGUCCUCCCCACCCUGAGCCUUGCUCCCCUUUUCCCUUCUACUCUGGGGGUCUCCUAGGUCAGUAGCAUGAGUGUUACUGGGACACAGAUGAGGUGUGUGACCCAGGGACUUCUUGGUGCCAACUGGCAGAGGACACAAGGGUGCAUUAGGAUUUCCGGGAUCCCCUGGGCCUGAUAUUUACAUACUAGUUCAUCAAAGAGUGUCAUGCCAGGACUCUACUGAAAGCCUGUGUCACACUGGUCAUCUUAAUCAUUGCAAAAUGUACGUACCAAUAAAAUAAGGAGUUAUGUAUUCAGACUGAAAAUUAUGUUCUUAAGGUCUGUGACUUGGAACUGGUGAGAAAAGGUGAAAUCCAGGUUUUUUUCAGACAAGAGAUGUUUAUUGGUCUAUCUACAUGUACUCUGAGUAUUGUAUGGUUCACAAUGGGCACCAUUUACACUCUGAGCAAAAUGUCAGUCAAGUUUUUGCAGAGUGUCCUGGACAGGAAAAGACAGACAAGCAGCGGGAGUUAUCCUACAAGUGCACAUAAUGGAGUUUUGGACUAUAACUGUAGAUAAAGAGACAAACUCUGCAUCUUCCCACUGAGGAGACAAGAGGACUGUGUGCUUGUCUCAUGAACAGAAGAUCACAGCCACACCUGAUUGGAAGGAUUUGGGGCUUUCGCUCUUAUGACAGGACAAUGUUCUAUUAAUUGAGUUUAGGCUUGAGUAUGCAUGUCAUGAUUUUAUUUUAUAUGUAACCCUUUAUUUCUAAUAUUUUUACUGGUUAUCAUUUGAAUUCCUGUGUUAAAUAAACAUACUUGCUUUCUGUGUGAACAA